GGCAUAAUUCCUAAUUCCUAAUUCCCUGCAACACAAUUACAAAACAAUAUGUCUGUUAUAGCAAAAAGACCUACUACUACAACAACCAACAUCGCAGACUCAAACGAUGCACCUGAAACCCCAAAACCCCGACCGGCUCCACCACCUCAACAACACUCAGCCCUCUCCCAGGCACUAACCGGCACAGCAAACCUGGCCAAUCUCCUUCCAACAGGAACCCUCUUGGCUUUCCAACUCAUGACACCGAUGGCUACCAACAACGGAACCUGUGAUGGCGCCACGGGUCCACUGACCAUCAUCUUCCUGUCUAUCCUAGCGGCAUCCUGCUUCUUGGGUUCCUUCACAGACAGCUUCAGGGCGGCGGACGGCCAGGUUUAUUACGGUAUGGCUACUAGAAAAGGGAUGUGGCUGUUUGACCCGGAAGGGGCAUCUGGAAGUGGAGGAGGAGUAGUGCCGGAUCUGGGGAAAUACAGGGUGAGAGUGAUUGACUCGAUCCAUGCGUUUCUUUCGGUGCUUGUGUUUUUGACGGUGGCGAUGAGGGACAAGAAUGUGGUGAAUUGCUUUUACCCGAAGCCGGAGAAAGGAACUCAGCAGGUGUUGGAUAUUGUUCCGAUGAUGAUUGGGGUUAUCUGUAGUAUGUUGUUUGUUGUUUUCCCCACCAGAAGACAUGGAAUUGGCUACCCUGUCACACCUGGCCCUGCUCCCAAAUAGCCUUCAAAUUUUCUUUCCUAUAUUAUUUAUUGAUAAUAUUUGUUUG